AUGGCAACGGCGCUGCUGACAGCAGCGCUCGCGCUGCAGCUGCUCGCGCCUGCGGCUGGGCACGGCAUGAUGAUCAACCCACGCUCGCGCAAUUGGGCUGGAUACCUUCAAGAUAACUUUGCCUGGGCGCAUGGCCUCAACAUGGGAGGCGUGUCAGUGGUAUCAGAUAAGGGCCGCCUGCAGUACCCCAAGGGCCGCCGCAACUACUGCGGCGACGCACAUAAUGAGAACCGGUGGGACAGGCCGGGCAGCAUCCAGGCCACCUAUGCUGAGGGCCAGGUCAUCAACGUCGACACUCUGUUUGCGGUCAACCACAUGGGCCGCAUGUCCGUCCAGAUCUGCAGCCUGGACGCUAAGCCGGGCCAGGGCAAGUGCAAGAACCUGUAUUUGAAGGCCCCCGGCCACACCAACACCAAAAGCUGGUACCUUCCCAACGUGAAGGGCGGCUGGGGGGGCGGCAACUACGGCGGCGACGGACCGAAAUACGGCGACGGGACCUUCUCCGCGUACACCCUCCCCGACAUCACCGAGCGCUCCGGCUGGGGCUGCACAGGCCAGCGCUUCUGCAGCACGUUCAAGGGCAUGUGGGUGUACCGCACCCAGUGGAUGCUGCCGCAGGGCUUCAAGUGCGACCACUGCAAGCUGCAGUGGACCUGGAUCACGGGGCACAACUGCUGGCCGCCGUGCGAGAAGGGUAACCCCUUCCCCCAGUGCGAGAACAAGCAGCAGAUGGGCACCUGCGGCGCCCCAGGAGUGGCGUACCCCGAGGAGUUUGUCAACUGCGCCGACGUGCGCAUCAUGGCCAACGCCAAGAUCGACCUGUCGACCCAGUACCCACCGUGGAACAGCGCCGUUAGCAUCAAGGGCGGCUACUGGGGCAAGGUUCAGCCCCCGGUCAUCCACCAGAGGGACAACUAG